UCAUCCUCGCUCACAACAACACUGAAGAAGAGGAAGAGGAGCGCCGGUCAGCUGAGGGACGCGCUCAUUUAUGUUAGUGCCAGCCUUCUUACACCCUAAAACACUGAGGGAGGAGAAGAAGAACCGUCUUAUACGAGUCUCACAGUUAAUGCAGUUCCAGAAUGUCGUCUGUGUGGAAUACUGCAGAGAGCUUGCUUUUGGGACCCAGCAUGGAUCCAGUCAGAGGCAGGACUGGCCACCUAGUUGAGGCCGUAGAUGGAAAUGAAGGUACUGGACAGAUAAUAUCCAUAGCAAGUCCAACAUCAGCAGUGACAGCAGCAAGCACUCCUGGUGUUGUAGGGAAUUUGCCAGGAAGAUCAUCACCAGGUAACACAUCAUCAGGCAAACUUUCUGCUGAUAAGGGCAGAGGACGUGGCAACAACCUUCCUCCAGCCAUUGCUGAGAGGUUGGCCCGCCACAAAGCACAAGAACAGCUGGUGUACAAGCGGAAAAUGAAGCAGCUGAAGCUGAUUAUUAAAGACCUUGUAUAUGAAAAUGCAGCUCUCUGUGACCAGGUUGCUGAGGUUCAGCAACAAGUUGUUGUUGCAGCAGAAGAAAGAAUUUUCCUCCUUAAAAGACUAUUGCAACAUCAAACCACAAAUGACAACCACAGUCAGCUUCCUGCAAAGAAUAGUAACUACUUUGUUUUGGGUAGUGGAAAUGUUGACAACUGGGAUAACAAGAAGCCAAAAGUAACAUCCAUGAAACGGAAACCUUCUGAUCCUUCUCCAAGCCCUGGAAGCAUGACUCCAUCUACCACCGGGUCAUCAGAGAAAGUUAAAACAAGGAAAAGCGGAAGCAGCAAACCAAAGCGUCUGUGUCCUCCUAUCACCUUGGACUCUGCUGGCCGCCCAAUCUUUCCCAUAACUCUUGGGCCCCUCACCAUUCACAGUUUAGGAGAGAUAAUCAGUGACCGGGAGGCUUAUCACAAUGAACAGUGCAUAUUCCCUGUUGGCUUCUGCUCUUCAAGAAUGUAUGCAAGCCUAAGGGAUCCUCUUAAACCUGUGCUCUACACAUGCAAGAUAUUAGAUGGAGGCCUGUCUCCAAGGUUUGAGGUUGUGUGUGAAGAUGAAGAAGACGCAGUGGUAUCUGGGAACUCACCAUCUGAAUGCCACAACCAGAUUCUCCAGACUAUUAAUCUCACUCUUGACAUGGACCUCCUAACUAUAAGACCAGAUGGCUCUGACAGUGAAGAAAGAGGCUGCAGAUUUUUUGGGCUCACUCAUCCCAGUGUCCAAAAUGUUCUGCAAGCUUGUCCUGGGGCAAGAAAAUGUUCCCGCUAUAAGUGGAUCAAAUUUGAGGUCUGUCGAAGUGAAGCAGAGGUGGAGAGUGUAUUUGAAGGGGAAAAAGAAGCAUCGUUAUGCCAUGAAGCUCUUUUACGUAACAUUCGUUUUGCUCGCCAUCAUGUUACGUCCCCGUGAGUUAUAAGUAGCAUUGGAUAUA